GAUCACCACGAUCACCACAAUCACCACGAUCACCACGAUCACCACGACGAGGAGGAGGAGGAGGAGGUGGUGGUGGUGGUGGGCGGCUGGACGAGGAGGAGCAGCAGGAACAGGCCACAGGAUUGUGGUCACUCUGGGCGUGGGAGCGUCAGGAUUGGUGACGGGUCCACGACUCGCUCUCUCAGCGGAGACCAGCCUGGACUGACCCGGCACAACCAGCACACGGCCACGGCUCCGUCCCUCAGGAGGAGCAUCCAAGAUCUCUCCCAUCACUCCGCCCCAGUGCAUUCUGGGAAACGCAUGGGGGUCGGCACCAGGGGUGGGGGCAUGGGGGUGACGUCAUCACGGCAGUCACCGGGGCGCCUCCGGAUGAGCCCCUCCCCCCUGGCCACCCGCUCGCCCGUCCCCCCUCCCUUUCGGCCCCUCCUCGGCCAAUCACGGGGCUCGUCGCCGCCCCCCCCGCCGCCGAGGGGCGUGGCCAGAGCCCCCACCUCCAUCCUGCGGAGGGACGCAGGGGGUCAGAGGUCGUCAUUGGGGGGGGGUCAGAGGUCAUCGCCGGGGGGUCUGAGGUCGUCGCCGGGGGGUCAGAGGUCGCCGUCGGGGGGUCAGAGUUCAUCGUCGGCGAUGGGGGGUGGGGUCGGAUCCUCCCGGCUACCUAGGGUGGGGAAAAGGUCUCUACCAAUCGGCAAUCCCGCAGUGGGCCAAAGCGACCAAUGGCGGGACGGCUGCUACUGAGGGCUCCGCCCACCCACCCUUCGUCUCGACCAAUGGGGAUCGCUCGCGUGUCCGCGUGGCGGCCAUGAUGGGCCUGUAGGUUUGAUUGUUCCGUCUUAAACUAUCAUUCGUCAACAAGGCCCGAUCAUUUUUUAACAAUAAAAUAAACUUUUUAAUCUUC